AUGGAAUAUACUCAGGCACGCCGCAUCAAUGUGGAACUCGUCCGGAAAAUCAGCACGUCAGAAGACGAAAUACUAGCAGAUAAAAUCGACUUUGACCUGAACAUGGACAGUGUGCAUCAGUGGUACGUUCAAGUUAGGGAAAAGCUCAAGAAAUGGCAUUUACAAGACCUUGUCAAUCUAAAACUCCCUUAUCCUCCUAAGGACGAUUCCUCCACCUGGGAGAACUGGAAAUAUCUAUCAAAUUGCGUCAAAAUCUACAUACUUCACAACAUACCAAAGGGGUAUAUCUUCGAUCCUCGCUUUACGCCGCAGGCCACGAAAUACGCCGACGUCCUAUUUGAGACAUGCCUCAAAAUCGCCUCGACUCCCAUUGCUAAAAAUUUGGUGAUACGGUACAGGGGUUUGAUGGACUUUAGCCAAAGCGCUCCCCAUGUUUUAUACAAGGAUGACGUUGAGUUGUUGGCAAGAAUAAUUUCAUCGUGCAACGAGCUCGAUCCAACGUUUAUCUCGCCUCUUCAGGCUACUUGCAUUCUGCUUUCGCGACUCUCAAAGCGAAACUCUGAAGGUGCUAACUACGCGCACAUCGUCUAUGCAAGGACUACCCCCGAGGAAGUCUCGAAUAUGACCUGGGACGACUUCAACAAGCUUUGGGAGGAGCUUUUGCAUAUGGGGAUUCCUUGA